CUACCACCUGGCGUCAAUUUUUGAGGUUAUGUUUGUUGAAUAGCAUUUUUGAGUAUAAAUCAGGUGAGCCAUGUUAAGAACACAAGACUCAGGGGACAAGAAGUCUUUCUCCAGUCAUCUCCACUACUGCAACAUUUGUCCAUUUUAUACAACAUCACGUCUCUUCUUUGCAAACCACAUCAAAGACCAUGGCUCAUCUUCCACCUACUUCAACUGCGAAAAUAGCACAAUUGAAAAUUAUCAUUGCAAGGACUGUGAUUUUGAAACCCAUUUAACCCUACUUUUGAAACAACACAGAGAAAAGUAUCACUCGGAUAAAACAGACCUAUCAACGAAAAGCGUCAUCGUUCGUUACGUUUGUGAAAAGUGCGGCCUUGGGACUCAUUUUUUGAUGAAUUGGCUUCAACACACGUCUUGGAAAGAAAAUGCAGCCAAAACAAAAAACUCAAAGUGUGACUAUUACCAUUGUAAACAGUAUGUGCUCAGGUCAACAAUAAAAGACAACAAAAAAUCCCUAAUAACUCACGAAUGUGUCGAACAUAAAAAUCCAGAACUGAGGCACAAAUGGGAACACAACUACAGUAAAAACUCCAGCGAAACGGAAGUGGAAGUGCUUCCCACUAAAAGCGAGGUUAAAAAAAUUACCAGCCAGGUUGAAGAAAUUAUCAAGCAGGUUAAAUGUGGCGAGUGUUCGUGUGUUUUAGAAAAUAUGGAGGCCCUACGGAAUCACGUGAAUAAGGAACACAAAGUACAUAAGAAAGUUAAGUGGUACCAAUGCGGAGAAUGUAUGCAGAAGCUUUCAUCAUUGGGUGGCUUACAGAAGCAUAUGAAAGAAAUGCAUCCAGAAAGAAAAGUCGAUUGGUAUAAAUGUGAACAAUGUGCGUACAGGGCAAAAUAUGCAACUGCUUUGAGAAACCACGUCUUUUCCACACACUCAAAUGAUGCUCAGAGAGAGUGGUAUCAAUGUAAAAAUUGUACCUUCAAAAGCAACGAAUGGAGUUCUUUGCAGAUACACAUGGAAGAUGUUCAUUUGCAUGACGUGUGCUAUAAGUGUGAAGAGUGUAUGUAUACAACUAGUAAUCCUUAUGCGUUUAGAAAACACAUCACUUUGAAUCAUAUAAGUGGAGGUCAGAUGAAGUGGUACCAAUGUGGAGAGUGCACUUUCAGUAAAAAGCGUAAAGGAACAUUACGGUGUUGUACAUUCCAAGGAAAAAAAAUGAGUAGAAAGGAGAUCACUCACUGAUUAUCAAAUGUUUAAUUUUUGACAUAAUUUAAUUGUAAUUUGAAUGAUAAAUUAUUAAUUGUUUGUAGUUUCGAUUUUUUCGCAAUGCGCAUGUGUACAUGUCAAUCUGUCGUCCGUUCAUAGAUUGCUUUCACGUGUCGUUGAAUUAUCUGUAUGGUUGGUUGCAUAUACGCUUUUACUAAUUUUGAUUAAUGCUACACAGAUUUUUUU